CUUCCAAGAUGGCUGUCACAUCCAAGCGACUAUGUAUGAACCUGCCGUUAACGGCCUUUUCCCUCAUCCUGGUGAUUUUUCUUCAGACGGGAGCAGGACAGAAGAAAAAGGAGAACAUGCUGGUGGAGAAGGUGGAGCAGAUGAUGGAGUGGAGUUCUCGGCGCUCUGUGAUCAGGAUGAAUGGAGAGAAAUUCCGUCGAUUCGUUAAAGCUCCGCCCAGAAACUACUCAGUCAUCGUCAUGUUUACAGCUCUGCAACCUCAGAGACAGUGUUCAGUCUGCAGACAGGCGAAUGAGGAGUACCAGGUGUUGGCCAACUCAUGGCGCUACUCGUCCGUGUUCUCCAACAAACUCUUCUUCACUGUGGUCGACUAUGACGAGGGAUCCGAUGUCUUUCAGCAGUUGAACAUGAACUCGGCUCCAACCUUCAUGCACUUCCCGGCUAAAGGAAAACCUAAACGAGCCGACACCUUCGACCUGCAGAGAAUCGGCUUCGCUUCUGAGCAGCUCGCUAAGUGGAUCCACGACCGCACUGACGUACAGAUCCGGGUGUUCAGACCUCCCAACUACUCGGGUACGAUUGCACUGGCGCUGUUGGUGUCACUGGUCGGGGGGCUGCUGUACCUGCGCAGGAACAAUCUGGAGUUUAUCUACAAUAAAACUGGAUGGGCCAUGGCUGCACUGUGUGUGGUGUUUGCAAUGACUUCUGGACAGAUGUGGAAUCACAUCCGCGGUCCUCCGUACGCCCACAAGAACCCGCAGAACGGCCAAGUGAGUUAUAUCCAUGGCAGCAGUCAGGCUCAGUUUGUAGCUGAAUCCCACAUCAUCCUGCUGCUGAAUGCUGCUAUAACCAUGGGAAUGGUACUGCUCAACGAGGCCGCCACCUCUAAAGGAGACGUUGGCAAAAGAAGGAUCAUCUGCUUGGUGGGUCUCGGGUUGGUCGUCUUCUUCUUCAGUUUCCUUCUGUCCAUCUUUCGAUCCAAGUACCACGGCUACCCGUACAGUUUCCUGAUUAAAUAAGGCCAGGAGGAUUUUAGAAGUUGGAGUUUUAUUUAUGAUCUAAACACACACACACACACACACACACACACACACAAAGUAACUGCUGCUGUUUUGCUGUAUGAUUGAACAGAAAUGAAAAUAAACCAGUACACAUC